AUGUGCUACUACCGUUUAUACAUAUUUCUCGGCUGCGGGCACACAACCCUUUCCGCCAGACCCGUCCGCCCUUGCGCAGCCGUACGCUCGAAGCAAAGGUCGAUAUCGCAUCCCGCAAAGGUAGAGCAAGGCGCGUCUCUGAAGGUACCGCCACAGGGCUCACAGCCUCCUGCAACGCUGCCGGAUGAUGUGCAUACCGCAGAUUUCGCUGCAUUCCACACAAGUCACGACAGCACGAGAAAUACUUCAUCGCACCCGCAUACGGAAGAUGCAAAUACAUCGCAGGAGCCCGUGACAUCACGACUAAACCCAGAAGUAGACGCGGCGGCCGACGAAGAAUGCGAAGAUCUAUUGACGCAUCCGUUCCAAACUCUCAGCAUCCACACCUCGUGCGCGCUCUGCUUACGCCGGCGCGCUGCGCUCCUCCAGCAACUCGGGGAAGAGACGUCCACUGUGCGCUUCGAGGACUGGCGCUGGAAAGUCAAGUAUCUUUCCCCUACUCCUGAGGAGGCGCGGUACUCGGCGGAGUGGGGAAAUGUCGGGUCAGCGAUGGGCAGUUGGGUGAAGGACUGGAAGGUGAAAGGAGACGAGUUCUUGGGAGCUUUGAGGGAUCAGGCGGCAGACGACGAGGGGAGGAGAGAUAGUGCGACUGGAGGGCUGGGAAUAGGGAUUGCAGGCAUGCUGGGUCCGGGCUGGAAGAAGGGAAAGGCGAGGGGGAAGGUUGGGCAUAGAGGCCGGGGUACAAGUAAUUGA